GAGUAGCAAGACCGCUGAACCGGCUAUUGCUGCGAAGUGAGUCGAAGCGGCUUCACGCUCACGCUCUCACCUCUCUGUCCGAUCCAGGGUCGGGCUCGGUCGGAGCGACCAUGGGGAGCGGAAAGUGGGGUCGGCGUUUACGUAAGCAAAGGGCGCGGAUUGAGCCAACGCCAACGACUUCUCAUCGCAUCAUCAUCUUCCCGCCGCUCGACCAACGCAGCGUUCGACCGUCACUAGCAAUGCCGCUGAGACCCAACGUCAGGAUCCUGUGAGUUCAUCGUGCUAUCGAAUCAGACGCAAUCUGCUGUCCCUAGAGCUGAAAUUGCUCACUUUUUCCCCCGCUGCAGCCGGGACAUGGCCAAGCGCCAGUCGGUCGCCUCCAACGAGCUGCUGCGUCGCGCCUACAAGUACGUGGCCCGCAACGAGACUCUCCCGGUCAAGGUCAGACAUCAGGCACAGCUUCAGCUCAAUCAGUUCCCAAAUAAGAGCAGACCAGAGAUGGUCAAGGAACGCUGUGUCGAGACUGGCAGGGGCAGGGGGAUCAUCACUGAGUUUGGACUUUGCAGGUAUCAAUUCCGCCUGAAGGCUCUUCGAGGAGAGAUUCCCGGCGUCCAGAAGGGCUCAUGGUAGCUGGGUGCUUUUUAGCCAGAUCCUCUUCACGCAUCUUCACUUGUACACUAUAUCGCGAAUACACUUCUCUCUAGCACGUUACGAAAGGCGAGCGAUCAGGCAAGCCUGUGCCACCAGAUGACAAACACGAGCAACCUUGACUGGUUGGCUCAACGCGGCUAGCGUCGAUGAUGCCCAAGC